AAAGCACCCUCCCAGUGGUCAAAUAGGGUUCUCCGAUUGGCUGUUCUUGACCUACGACUCAAAAUAAUCUGAUCAGCUGAUCUGACUGCUAGCAACACAACAGAGGAAAACAGAGGGCAGCAAUCAAGAGACUAAUGUUACUGAUUAAACCUCAGGUUUUACUGCAAAUACGUCUUUCAGUGCCAAAGCUUAUGUGUCUGGUGGUACAGUGAACAUCUGAGAAAGAAGGCGGAAACGUUUAACGUCUCUGUGGUGAAUCGAAGCCAGCGGAAUGUUAUAGCAGCGGGAUAGCCAAGUCAUCGGUAUCAAAAAAGGAGAGUUAGCCUAGCUUGCUAUUUGAUUUUUUUUACUAGCCAUCAUAGCCGAUUGACCUCUUAACUUGAGAAAAUUACUGUGCCUGUGGUUUUGUAAAGACAGAACACAAGUAAACAGGAUGCUAGCGCUGGCUAACUCUAUCUGACAUUUCCUUAGCCUGUUGUUAUUUGGGUAAUUUGACCUGUUACACUGGAUAGCAAUUGGACUGUUUUGAAUGCAAAAUUGUUAUGUCAUUGUAUCGUCAUGUUAUUUUAAGCAUCCAGUUGAAAUUUCUUCAUUUGCUGCCCAUUUUGUUCGUCUGUGUCAAUCGUUUGGUUCCAUAUUUCUGUUGUUUGACGAGGCUUUUAAAUAAUCCUGUUAGCAGCGUUAGCAGCAGCGCUAUUCACAUAUCUUGUUGGUAUAAUGUUUCAGAAAUAACUGUUUACUGUUAAGGCAGCUAUCCCUUAUUCCACGGCGCCAGCCAAGUUAUUUUACAAGCUUGAUGCAUCUGUGUGGGGUUUGAGUUUUGUGCAACUUCGGCUGUUCCCUAAUUUAACGUUUUGUUUUGUAAGCUAUCAACGUUAAUCGAUAGCAGUUAUUUGCACUCAGAUUCUACACAGGCAGCUGUUACAUUGUUUGUGUGUUUUCAGUGGUAUUACGUCACAUACAAUCACCUGAGUGUAUAAUAUAUUGCAUUUAAAAUACAUUGAUCAUAUUGAUAUUUAGCUAUAAUUUAAAACGCCAUAAUUUUGGCGUUCAGAACCCACUCUGCAUAGAUUGUGUUUGGGUUGCACUGGCAAAUGCUGAUCAGAGAGCAAAGGCUGUCUAAGUAACCGGUCAUAACACAGCUGUUAUCAUCAAUAACAUCAUCACAGACAUAUCAAGCGUCACAGACUUGUCUGAGUUCAGCAUCAGCUGUUUACCAGUUGUACCAGUUUUAGUGUCCCUGUCAGUCAAGCCCAGACACGCCCAGAGGAAGUAGCUUGAGAUACAAUGAGCAGUCAUGGUCCCUCACUGGAAAAAGGAGUCAACACCAGUCUAGCGUGCCAGGAGAGCUAUGUGUGUGAUGGCUCAGAGGAGGCUGUGUUCGAGUGCACGGAGUGUGCUAGUGUCCAGUGCUCGCUCUGUGAGCUAGAGGUCCAUCAGCAGGAGGGCCUCCAAGACCACCAGCGGGCUCCCAUCGGACCCGGGCACGUACCCCUCUGCAACGGCUGCAAGGGGGGCAAGGGCUCGGGCAAUGGCAACGGGAAGCGCAACCUGUCCGUCGUCCGCUGCCAGACCUGCAAGAUCAACCUGUGCCAGGACUGCCAAAAACGUACCCACAAUGGAGGGGGCAAGAAGAAGCACCCGCUCACUCACUACCCACCACCCGGGAGUGCCCAGACGGGGGCCCAGACUAAUGCCAGUGGUGGGCAGGACCAGGCCAAAGCCCAGCAGGCCAAGCUCCUGGAGAGGGUCGCCAGCUUCCUGUUGGUGGACGAGAACGAGGAGAUGCAGAUCAAGAACGACGAAGAGUUUGUGAAGAGGCUGGACUGCCACCCGGACGAGCUCCUCAAAGUGGUGUCCAUCUUCGGGAACAUUGGUGAGGGAAAGUCCCACACGCUGAACCACACCUUCUUCCAAGGCAGGGAGGUGUUCAAGACAUCCCCUACGCAGGAGUCCUGCACCGUGGGGGUGUGGGUAGCCUUUGACCCCUGCCACCGCGUGGUCGUGAUUGACACGGAGGGUCUCCAGAGCAACAGUGCCAACCAGGGCCAGCGCACGCGGCUCCUGCUCAAAGUCCUGGCCAUCUCCGACCUCAUCAUCUACCGCACCCACGCCGACCGUCUCCACGACGACCUCUUCCGUUUCCUUGGCGACGCCUCAGAGGCCUACCUGAAGUACUUCACCAAGGAGCUGAAGGCCACAGCGUCGCGCUUCGGACUGGACGUGCCACUGUCCACCCUCGGACCCUCCGCCAUCAUCUUCCACGAGACGGUCCACACCUCUCUGCUGGGAUCAGAGAGGCCAUCGGAGCAGGUGGAGCGGCUGCUUCAGGAGCGGUUCCGUAAGCUGGGCCGGUUUCCCGAGGCCUUCAGCUCUGUGCGCUACUGCGGAACCCACACCAGCACCCCACCCACCAACUUCAAGGGCCUGCGGAACCUUCUAGAGAGCCAGCUGGAGAACCACACCACGCGUUCCCCACGCUCACCGCUGGUCAUAUUCAAAGCCCUACAGGCCCUGAGUGAGCGCUUCAGUGGUGAGAUCUCGGAUGAGAUCAUCUCUCACAGCUGUUUCUUCCCUGAUGAGUACUUCACCUGCUCCAGCCUUUGUCUCAGCUGUGGUUCGAGCUGUAAGAACAGCACAAACCACCUGAGAGAGGACGUCCCCCAUGAGGCCAAGCAGCGAUGCCGAUACUCCGCUCACUAUGACAACAGAGUCUUCACCUGCAAGGCCUGCUAUGAGGGAGGGAAGGAGGUGAUCGUUGUGCCAAAGACUUCUGCGUCCUCCGACUCUCCAUGGCUCGGACUUGCCCGAUAUGCCUGGUCAGGGUAUGUGAUUGAGUGUCCUAAUUGUGGGGUAAUCUACCGCAGUAGACAGUUUUGGUAUGGCAACCAGGACCCUGUCAACACGGUGGUCCGCACCGAGAUCCAGCACAUCUGGCCUGGGUGUGACAGCCUGCUGAAGGACAACAGUAACGCAGCGCAGCGGCUGCUGGAUGGGGUCAACCUCAUGGCCCAGUCCGUGUCCGAGCUCAGCGUCAAACCGGCCAAGGCUGUCACCUCCUGGCUUACAGAUCAGAUCGCGCCAGCCUACUGGAAACCCAACGCCCUCAUCCUGACAUGUUAUAAGUGCAGGGUGGUGUUUGAGGAGAAUGACUCGAAGCACCACUGCAGCAGCGAUCUUGGAGAGGGUUCUGUGACCAGUGUUAAAUGGCGCCCUCGUCCAGUACCAGAGAGGCUGGGGGCCCUCCGGGUCAGUGUGUGUGGCAUGUGCUCUGAGCAGAAGGACACACACACAGAACUAGUGGUGGUGGAGCAUGAGGAGGAGGAUGGCGGCACCCUGGCCAGGAAGGUGGGAGAAGCGGUGUCCAACACAUUAGGAGCUGUCGUCACUGCCAUUGACAUCCCACUAGGGCUGGUAAAGGAUGCCGCGCGUCCAGCCUACUGGGUGCCCGACCAGGAUAUCCACUCCUGCCACAGCUGCCAACGCCACUUCACUGCCAAGCUGUCCAAGCACCACUGCCGGGCAUGCGGCCAGGGCGUGUGCUCCGAGUGCUCGCCCGCCAGGCGCUCCGUGCCCUCUCGCGGCUGGGACCACCCUGUCCGGGUCUGCACCCCCUGCAAUCAGAGGCCCGGCGACCUCUGACCCUUGACCCCUGUGAUCCUCUAGCGUUUGACCUUAAGCAGGGCUGGACCUACUCUAGAACUUAGUAUGUUAGCUCCCCCACCCCUCAACUCUAUCAUUACGCCAAAUCCCUCUGCCACUCUCCCCCUAACAAACAUUUUUAGCUGUUGUGUGAGUGUGUGUGUGUGUGAGUGUGUGUGUGUGUGUGUGUGUGUGUGUGUGUGUGUAAUGCGUAUACAAAAUGGUGUGUGUGUGUGUGUGUGUGCAGCACAACAGACAAAAGAAACAACAACUGACAUCAGCCUUGCACCUAAACCUUUGGAGAUCACUUGACGUUUGGUGCUUAGUUGAGUAAUAUGGUGUACUGUAACUGGUCAUCAGCUGAGGAGAGACCAGGAGUUCACACUAACCCCUCAAAUCCCCCCCCCCCCCCAAAUCCAUCUUGUGCAUCCUCCCUCACUGCAUCCCCAAUCUUUCCUCCAUUAGGUGAUUGCCUUGAGUGUACAACUGUUUAGUCUUUUUAUCUCUGAUUUUAUCAUGGAAAGUCACACGUUACACUGUGGAAUGGUCUGAUGUGACCUGCUAAUCCACUUAUCAAACUUGGAUGAUUCAGGGAUCAUUUCUCGUUUGUUUGUUUGUUUGUUUAUUUUUCAAUGAUCAUUUUAUCUUGCAAAAAGGUAAAGCAUAAGCGUACCAUAGAGGAGAAGUGUUCAUGCUCAUAGCAUGCCAGAUAGUAUCUAUUCUGUUAUUACAACAGGAAGUAACAGCUGUUACAAGUCAGUGGCAGAUAUUGACAGAUUUGCUCAGCCACCUAGAUAUUCAUUGGACUGGAGCAUGUGUGGUUCAUCAUUAAAUAUAGUCAUAUCUGGUUGUGUUUAUAGCAUUUAAAUGCUAAUGUAUGUUUAUUACGUUAUGUUUUCAUCAUUAUUGUAAUCCUUCUAUUAGGCUUUGUUUUUGUUUUAGUUCACAUUUUGUCCCAGAAAAGGGAAAUAACGACACACCUGCCCAAGAGCUGAUUCGUCAGUGGUAGAUUGCUAUUGAAGAGUGAAUCAUUAGCUGUCUUGUGAGAGCACCGAUCGAUAGUCUGUGCGUUUUGACGUGGAGAUGGUGUAUAUGUUUGUAGAUGAUGCUGUAUUCUGUAAAAGUAGCCACUUGAGUUGCCUGAAACGGUGUCUCCCCUUCCGCCUCCAGCUCCGUCCCGUUGAGUUGCGGCACCAUUUACGUCCGGGCUUCGUUUUAGAAAUACUUCUUAAUGAAAACAAAACAAAACAAAACAAACUAAAAUAACUAUUGACUAUUCAUUCAAGAACAGCUAUUCACCAAUUCAAUACCUCAACUUAAGUCAGAAUAGGGGACGAUUGAGCAGGCUCUUAUUGUGAAUAGACUUAUUGAUAUCUCUGUUCUGAGCGUUUGCAGUCCUGCUUGCUGGACAUGGACAGCAGUCACCUGCGGGUGUGAGAUGGAUUGACCAAAGGUUUAAUCAUCUGCUCGUCUGAUUGGGUUGGUAUCCAUGGAGCGCCAGUCAAGAUUUCAGUUAAAAAUGACAUUUAUUUUUGUAUCAGUAAGCUUUUAAAGGAUUGAGUCUAUUUACAACAUGGGUACCAACCCCUAGAUUGUCACUAGAUCUGUACAGGAAGACUGAAAUUAUUUGAAAUUUCCUCAUAGUCAGUAGUGUAUGUGCAUUUAUAGGUUAUGUAACUUUAGUGUAGUCAGAAACGAUAUUGUCUAAAGGCACUCCCCGUCCUACCACACUACCACACACACACACACACACACACACAUUCAAAGCACACAGAUAUCUGUUGCCUUUAGCCAGUGAAUGAAAACAACUGUUUGCCUUGAAUGUACAGAAUAUCUUGUCCAUAUAUUCAGUUUGACGCGUUUCCUUUGUUUUGCACCAGCCGCUCAGUUUUUUUGCAAUGCCUUGGCCCGCGCUGUUCUUUUCAUGAGGGGCAUCCACCCCCACGUAGCUGCCGCAAAAGGAGCAGUCUGGGCCAGAGUACAGCCGGAUCUGGGCCAGAACACAGCUGACUCUGGGCCAGAACACAGCCGGAUCUGAGCCAGAACACAGCUGGACCUGGGUCGGGUCUGCUCCGGAGCUCUCUGCUGUCUGGGGUUUAAUCCCCUGGAUCAGUUGCACUAGGAUGCAUGGAACACAAGAACACAAGAAUUGUUUGUGUGUGUGUAGGGGGGUGGGGGGGUUGAUGGUCUGAUUUACUGUAGUGCUAAUGUUACCACUUGUCUGCCAUGAUCAUUUCGCAUUUGCACUGAUUAUUCAACCACGUCCCUUUGAGUGUUUGUGGUACUUCUCCAUCAAAAGUAUCACAAGGACAGAGUAUUUGAUGGAGAUGCGUUGAUGGUGAUGGUUCUAGUGCCAUAAAAAAGUAUUUUCAAACGGUUGUUGUGGUGUGUGCUGCAUAUCUUUUCUCUGUGUGACCCCCCCUGACCUUUGACCCUUGCCAUGCCAUCACGUUUGUACUUACCUCACCAUACACACAAGAACAGAUAUGAGGAUCGCAGCUGAGGAUGAUGCUCCUCUGAGCACUUUGUGGUGAGAUCUACAGUCUGUCAGCACUCAUACACGGUGUCCACCUACCAUCUGACAUUGCUGUCCCAGUAUGCAUCUCUUCCUGGGACAGACUCCACCCCUGAGAUCCGGGAUCCGUUCCCAUGGCAACUUCUCUCUGAGUGACGACUACAGAGUUCCAUGCCACAGCUACAGUUACUAUGCACUGACCCAAGAUGAAGAGAUGUGUGUCUGUAAAACUUAAAACGUGUGUUGUCUGUGUCAUCAUAUGCAGAUUAAAGGGGAAGAAAUGUAA